AUGGAAUUCGACACAACUGAACACGUGAAGAAAUAUCAGCAAUGCCAAAGCCAUGGACCACUCAUCCAUGCACCGCACACGCUGCUACACAAUGUUGUUACCCCCUGGCCCUUCCAUAGUUGGGGACUUGAUAUCAUCGGACCGAUUAGUCCGACUUCAUCCGGACGAUACAAAUACAUUAUCACUGCAACUGAAUAUUCUUCAAAAUGGGUGGAAGCUAUCCCUCUCCGUGACUACUCCGGAUCUACCAUUGCCGCGUUUAUCAAAGAAUAUAUCAUAUGUCGAUUCGGCGCGCCAAUGAUCAUCUGCUCAGAUAUUGGAACUUCUUUCAUUAAUCAGACUGUCAAGGAGCUAUUGGAUCAAUACAGCAUUAAGUUUCAUACUUCGACCGUCUACUAUACCCAGGGAAAUGGGCAGGCGGAGGCCACUAAUAAAACAUUACUGAGAAUAUUGAGUCGGACAGUAUAUGAUCAUCAUAGAGGUUGUCAUGAACAACUCCCACUCGCACUCUGGGCACACCGCAUUUCGAAGAUAAGUUCCACUGGAGAUUCCCCCUAUUCCCUAGUGUAUGGAGAAGAUGCGAUACUACCAGCGGAGAUCGCUAUUCCUUCAGCACGAGUUUCCAUGGCUAUUUUAACCACCCCGGAUGAGCGCAAUGCAGCAGCAGGAAAGUUUGUUGCAAACUGGGAAGGUCCGUAUAUGAUCAGUGAAGCCGCGAAAAGCGGAUACUACUACCUUAAGCGAAUGAAUGGAUUUCAGAUCAACACCGCUAUUAAUGGUAAAUGGUUAAAAGCUUACUAUGCAUGA